AUGUAUAUUUUAGCAUUGAUUUUAAUGCUAAAGAUCUACCAGACUCGACACCCGGACAUUAACGCUUCCGCUCACUCUGCCUACAUGGUCAUGGCCGUGGUCAUCUUGGCUGGUGUCACUGGUGUGGUAAGUCAGCAAACUUUUUUUUCUUCUCAAAUGCCCCUUGUUUUUGCAAUCAGGAGUUGCCCUUGCUUCCCUGGGAAUGAAAUUAGUUGCUAUUCUGGUCUUUUUGCCCUGAGUUUGCUUGGAAAACCACUCUAUGGGGGCGAAACUUUCUGGGUUGUCUUUACAAUCGUCUUUCUUAUCAUGAGUAUUUGGCUCACUGCUGAAAUCUACUACAUGGGUCAAUGGAACUUUGAUAUUUGCCUUCCACGUCGACUCUACCAUCUGAUGCGUUCAGAUGGAAUUCAUUGCUUGACACCCAUGUACAUGGAGCGCAUGCUUCUCCUCCUCGUUGCCAACUGUGUUAACAUUGGAAUAGCUGCCUUCGGUCUCUUCACUCGCCCUCGGGAUUUCGCCUCCUACCUCCUCUCUAUUUUCAUGAUUAAUCUUCUUAUGUAUUACUGCUUCUAUGUUAUUAUGAAGGUAUGUCUACCACUUGUCGCUAUAGAGAACGCUUCCACUGUAUACCACUGCUGUACAUCUUCCUCGCCUGUAUUACUUGGGGAUUCGCCAUCUACUUUUUUAUACAACACUCCACCACCUGGGAGGCGAGUAACCCCCGCCCAAUCUCGAGCUCUUAACCAGCCGUGCAUCUUUCUCGGUUUCUACGAUGUUCACGACGUUUGGCAUUUUCUCUCUUCCACAUCUAUGUUCUUCUCUUUUAUGUCAAUCAUGACCCUCGAUGACGAUCUGAUCAAUACACCAAGACACAAGAUCCCGGUGUUUUGA